AUUUGAAGUCGACCAACUCAUGUGACUCCGCUAUUGUGUUAAUGUGUUGUUGGUGAGAUGUGGAGAAAUACACUUUAAUAGACCAGAGAAAUAUUCCAUUUGCUGCUGUUCAUAUAACUAAAAAUGAAUUCUGCAAAGAGUAUUUUUAGAUUACCGACCAAUGAUAUUGCAGACUGCGUUCUCUUGAUAAGAAGAUCUUGCCCGGUGUUUUAUAUUCAUGGCUGUGUUGAUAUGAAAAUAGCUGCGGGAUCUAUUUCAAUUCACGGGCACAGAAUAUGUGACGAAAAAUGGCAUCGCGUGUGCUCCUCGGGACUAAAUCUUGUUACUGUUGAAUGUACCUUGAGUCGACCCCUCAAACGUUGGAACAAACUCUUGUCCGAAAUACUUGAUAAUGACGUAAAAACUAAACUUAAAACUGUGUUCAAAGAUAAGAACGACGUCGUAUGUGUUGUCUUCUUCAAAGCAAAUUGGUUGACGUCAAAGCUUCCGUUUGGUGAUUUCUUUGAUGUGAUCUCGGUACUUGAUUCCGUGGAGUUUGAAUCUGAUCAGAAAGAGCUUCACGACGUAACGUGCGAUCUAGGAUUUACAUUGUUCCAUGAAUUACCAAAUUCCUGUUCGUCGUUGAAAAUUUUCCCAACAUGGAAGAAAUUAUCUGAGAUGGUUCAAUUGCAUUCUAACCAAGCAGAUGUCCAAACACCGAUAGUCCUUAUCUGCGGUGGGAAAAAUGUUGGAAAAUCUACUUUUGCAAGAUACUUGAUGAAUGACUUUUUGAACAACCAAAGCUCGUUGUAUUUUAUGGAAACAGAUGUUGGGCAAACGGAGUUUACACCACCGGGAAUUUUAUCUCUUGUCAAAGUCAAUUCGCCCAUAUUUGGUCCACCAUUUACACAUCUCGCAAAGUCUGAAAGAGCCCUAUUCUUUGGUGAUAUCACUCCGAAAGACUACCCUAGCACCUAUGUAAAAAUGGUGUAUUUAUUGCAUGAAUAUUACAAGGAAAGCUGCUCUGCUGAACCGCUUGUAAUUAACACUUGUGGUUGGAUCAAGGGUCUGGGUGUUCGUAUAUUGUUGGACAUCAUUCGACUUGUUCAGCCGACUCACAUAAUACAGAUAAAUUCCCCAAGCCAAGCCACGAAAAAUCUCCCUGUUUUUACUGAGGAUUUUUUGACCACUCAAGAAGGCUGGACGUACGAGAGUUUCUCUGUUCCCCAUUUACCUCACGUUUUGCAAAUUGAUGCGUAUGAAAACGACUGUGAAGCAAGAAAAGGUGUGCAAGCCAGUGACCUCCGGAUGCUUUCCCUUCUAUCCUACUUUGGUAUGCAUCAAAAUGUUUCAAGUUCCUUUACUUUACAAGAGUACAUCCAAAACCAUGCUGCGACAUAUUCUAUUCCAAUUUCUGCUCUAAAAAUUCAAAAUAUCUACGAUGACGUUUCCCCCGAUAACCUUUGGAAGUCAAUUAUUGGCAGCAUAGUAGGUCUUAUUAGAAAGAAUACAGAGGCACGUAAAAGUCACGUGGAAUCCUUAGGUGAUGAAGUUCGAUUUGGAGAAUGUGUUGGAUUAGGCAUUGUUCGAAACAUUGACGUGGCAAAAGAAAUCGUGUAUCUCAUCACCCCCGAGCCUAAAGAAAAUUUCAACGAUGUGUAUACUUUGUUGAAGGGACGACUUGAGAUACUGGACUGCAUGUUUAAGAGUCAGUCUUGUGGGUCUUUGCCGUACGUGACGUCGGAAUUUACCUUCAAUCACAGAGGAUCUGGACAAAAAAGAGUACGAUAUAAUUUAUUGAGACAAAAAUCGCCGAAUCCAUUAAAAAAGAAAGCUUUAGACCAAGUAUCCCAUGUUGCUGUGCAAAACGAUCAAUAAUGAUGUGGAUUGUGCCCUAUCAUGUAAACAUAAAUUAGUAUGACAUAAUCUAACUUUAAACUUGUGAACCAUGAACUAACAUGAAACUUGUGGACCACAAAUGCCCUACAUAGAUAAAAUCAAUUCUAGCCCGAGUUCAGGCAUAGUAUCUACUCUUAACUCAAACUUCAAAGUAAGUGUUCAAAGUACAGUAGAACAGCGUUAACUCGAACUUCUCCCGCUAGCGUGAACUAAAUUCGAUUCCAAUUGGAUUUGAUAGCACAUUUUUGAAGUAUAUAUUUUUCUUUGGUUUAUUCACUCCAACUUGUUUGACGCCAAAUUAUGAGAAAUACAAUAAAAUCAUUCUGCACGAAAAA